GAUCCAUUCCUUUAUUUUUUCCUUUUUUAAAAAUAUUUCCGAUGCAUUUUUCUCUUUGUAUCAAUUCAAAAUCAGUUGAAAUCUUUAAUUAUUCCCUGAAAAUGUACAUAGAUUUUCUUUGCUUCAUUCAAUUCGCUUGUCAAUUGUUUUUAAACAAUUGAACAUUGACAAUGGUGUGAAUUGUUUUGUCAAAAAGUAAUUGUAGUUCAGUUUGCUUCUGUUUGAGACCAGUUUUCACGGACUGCAUACAAAUGUCAAUAGAAUUUCGAAAAUGGCCGUUUGGUGUACUUUCAAACCGCUGUUCAAGUAAAUCACACACAUUGCAUUCUCCAGAGUUGAUUAAAGUGAUAUAAAGUUAACUUGUGUACCGAAAAUUGGAUAAAAAUGGGAAAUACUGCGAGUAAAAAGGGAAGCGUCAUUCUGAAAACACCAGAAAAAUCGGUUGCUGCGAUGACCAUUGACCAGUCGCCCACUACGAACGAUUCGCACAAAGCAAACCAAAUGGUUGAACCACAAACACCAGCCAUUCCACAGACUCCAUUGACCCAAACCAUUGCCAGCCACUUGAAUCGUAUUACCAAAGACGAUGUGAAUCGAAAUGCAACGAUUAAGACUCCGUCAUAUUUAUUACGGAAGAAAAUCUUGUACGAUUUGGGUUAUACAUAUUCAAUCAAAGACACCGAUCCACGAUCACCAAGUCUGUCCAUUCCACGUACUCCAUUGAAUUUGGCUGAAAACUCCCCUUUGGUCACUGAAGGGCAAACCAGUUCAUUUGAGUACAACACCACGCUUGAAGACAGCUGCCGUGAUUUUAACGCAAAACUAGAUGACAUCACAAUGGAAGAGAACGUUUUGACCAAAGGAACCGAACAUGAAGAUGAUGUGAGCGACCAGAUCGAAAGUGCUGGUGAUGCGGAGGAAAAAUUUGAUGAUAAACCAGCAAGUGAAGACAAGAAAAAGGAAAGCGUUGAGUUACACGAUCAAAAGACACCAAAUUGUGAUUCGCAAACAUCACCAGAUUUUGAAAGCAAACACAACAACAAAAUCAUCUCAGCAAGCGAUGCAAGUGAGACGGAUUCGACUUCAAAAGCGUCUGAGGAAAAUAUCAGCCCAAUGGAAGGCAUGUAUUCAACACCGUUGAACAAAUCGAACCGAGUCGGAAGAAUACCAUUGAGCGUUAUCAAUCGUCGUGGUAUGUCAGCUGAGAUUAUGCCACUGCAUUCGAAACACACUCACGAACAAAACAGCGUCGACAGUUUCAAGAAGGAUUUAUCGUUCAAUGAUAUUCGCGGCAGUGCACGCAAAUCAAAAAUUCCAGUGUUCAAAAAGUAAACCAAUCACCCAGAGAGGCAGACAAUCAGCAAAAGAUUUUACUCACUCUUUUCUAAGCUUUGACUGAUUUUCAUAUUUUUCUGAAUUUUGAAUCUCUCAUUCCAUUUAUUCGUACAUUCGUUUUUGAUGUACAACGGUGUUGGUUAUAUUUCUUUGGAAAGUAUUCAAUCAAAUUAGCUUAAGGAAAAAAAUAUUAAACAUUUCUUCUUGUUUACAAGUUUUUUUUGACAGAAA